CUAGCGGCUGCCCAGGCUAUUUCUAGUGAGAAAAAUAAAAUAGUAGCCUAGGCUAUAUGUAGAAAACGGAAGACAACGCUGGAAAGUAACAACGACGAAAGAGUUAUAGCCUACAUUUUGGUAAGUCAUUAUGUGUGUUAUUAUAGUUUCAAUAUGUCAAUUAAAGUUGAGUUUGAGUGGUGCCUAUAUUGUAUUUGAUUUAAGUAGAAACUAGGGAAGAUCAAAUGUGUCAAACUAAAGUUGAUCGAGAAUCGCUGAAUAACAGCAUUUGGUGAGUCAUUUCGGAGUGGACAUUUUUGUCAUUAUUUUUGUUGGUGAGUUUCCAAUAUUUCAUUCUAAAUGUAUAUUGCCACGGUUCCGAAGCACAGGGUAUAAGGUACAGAGCGUGCUCUUGAAUUGUGAACGAAUUCUACAGUAGCCUAACUACUCUACUGUGGCAUAGCCUGUUAACGUUAUUGGUAAACAAUUAAUUGUAUAUGGCUAAACCGGUCACUGUCUCGCUACAAUAUGUCAAGGUGUCAAAUGUUACAAUAUUCUGAUGUAAAUGCAUCAGAUGAAGACUGUGUCAUUAAAUGUACCUGUUUAAACUGCUAAGUCAUUGUUGUCUUUUAUACAAUGGGUGGAUCUAAUGCUGUUAAAAUCGCAUUCCAGCCGGUGUCUAGUCCAUAAAUUACAACCAGCUAAAUCUAUUAGCGUGGAACCCCGUAUUAUCGGCAUAUUCAACAGCAUUUAAAAAAUAUAUUACCUUCAACAGUGUUAUCUUGUGAUCAAGCCAUAAAUGUUAUGUGAUUAUUGGUGUCGUAAAAAUUUUAACGGGUUAGCAAUUAGCAGGUUUGACAUUUCAGUGGAAAUACUAUUAUUAUCAUCAGCUUUUUCAUAAGCGGUUUAGCAAAAAAAUACGUCCCCCAGUUAUUGGUCACCUUACUAUUUUGUUCAAUUACAAGAUAUAUCCGUUUAAUUUUGUUCAAAAAAGAGACACCAACCACGUACCCGAAGUGUUUACUAGAUAGUUGGCUAGCCUUCCGGUAAAAAAAUACCUGACAACUUUUCAUUGCGUAGCCUGGUGCGCCCUCCUGUGGACUCUUAAAAAAUGGUUCUUCACCAACAUAUUCAAUGUUGUAAUCAAAUAAUGUCUCAUCAUUUGUUUUACAGAUUCAUCUUAUGUUUUGAGAAAGUAGAUAACAGUUGAAUACUAAAAUAUGAGUAUUCAUCAAAUAAAACUUUAAUUUCAGUUAUGUGCAUUGACAUAAACAAUGAAAACACUGUUGGAGUUUGUGUUGCAGAGGUGCACUUGGAAAGUAAAGGAAGAAAUACACAAGAUGGGUUCAAUAAAUAUAUAUAUUAUACACUGCUCAAAAAAAUAAAUGUAACACUAAAAUAACACAUCCUAGAUCUGAAUGAAUGAAAAUCUUAUUAAAUACUUUUUUUCUUUACAUAGUUGAAUGUGCUGACAACAAAAUCACACAAAAAGUAUCAAUGGAAAUCAAAUGUAUCAACCCAUGGAGGUCUGUAUUUGGAGUCACCCUCAAAAUUAAAGUGGAAAACCACACUACAGGCUGAUCCAACUUUGAUGUAAUGUCCUUAAAACAAGUCAAAAUGAGGCUCAGUAGUGUGUGUGGCCUUCACGUGCCUGUAUGACCUCCCUACAACGCCUGGGCAUGCUCCUGAUGAGGUGGCGGAUGGUCUCCUGAGGGAUCUCCUCCCAGACCUGGACUAAAGCAUCUGCCAACUCCUGGACAGUCUGUGGUGCAAUGUGGCAUUGGUGGAUGGAGCGAGACAUGAUGUCUCAGAUGUGCUCAAUUGGAUUCAGGUCUGGGGAACGGGCGGGCCAGUCCAUAGCAUCAAUGCCUUCCUCUUGCAGGAACUGCUGACACACUCCAGCCACAUGAGGUCUAGCAUUGUCUUGCAUUAAGAGGAACCCAGGGCCAACCGCACCAGCAUAUGGUCUCACAAGGGGUCUGAGGAUCUCAUCUCGGUACCUAAUGGCAGUCAGGCUACCUCUGGCGAGCACAUGGAGGGCUGUGCGGCCCCCCAAAGAAAUGCCACCCCACACCAUGACUGACCCACCGCCAAACCGGUCAUGCUGAAGGAUGUUGCAGGCAGCAGAACGUUCUCCACGGCGUCUCCAGACUCUGUCACGUGUUCAGUGUGAACCUGCUUUCAUCUGUGAAGAGCACAGGGCGCCAGUGGCGAAUUUGCCAAUCUUGGUUAUCUCUGGCAAAUGCCAAACGUCCUGCACGGUGUUGGGCUGUAAGCACAACCCCCACCUAUGGAUGUCGGGCCCUCAUACCACCCUCAUGGAGUCUGUUUCUGACCGUUUGAGCAGACACAUGCACAUUUGUGGCCUGCUUGAGGUCAUUUUGCAGGGCUCUGGCAGUCCUCCCCUGCUCCUCCUUGCACAAAGGCGGAGGUAGCAGUCCUGUUGCUGGGUUGUUGCCCUCCUACGGUCUCCUCCACGUCUCCUGAUGUACUGGCCUGUCUCCUGGUAGCGCCUCCAUGCUCUGGACACUACGCUGACAGACACAGCAAACCUUCUUGCCACAGCUCGCAUUGAUGUGCCAUCCUGGACGAGCUGCACUACCUGAGCCACUUGUGUGGGUUGUAGACUCCGUCUCAUGCUACCACUAGAGUGAAAGCACCGCCAGCAUUCAAAAGGGACCAAAACAUCAGCCAGGAAGCAUAGGAACUGAGAAGUGGUCUGUGGUCACCACCUGCAAAACCAGUCCUUUAUUGGGGGUGUCUUGCUAAUUGCCUAUAAUUUCCACCUGUUGUCUAUUCCAUUUGCACAACAGCAUGUGAAAUGUAUUGUCAAUCAGUGUUGCUUCCUAAGUGGACAGUUUGAUUUCACAGAAGUGUGAUUGACUUGGAGUUACAUUGUGUUGUUUAAGUGUUCCCUUUAUUUUUUUGAGCAGUGUAUUUUAAACAUUUAUUUUUUUGUACAAAUAAAUAAUUUAAUAUGAAAAUUAUUUAAUAAUGAAACAAUUAAAUCUCGACCUCCAUCCCUAUAUUGUCACAAAAAUCACAAUAAAAAUCCAGCAACACCGCUACCUCUUGAUCCCACUGCACACACCUGCAGUGGAAUCAGUGCUGGCAGAAGUCACAGCACACCCAUGGCACCUCGGAUCUACACUCCUGAGAGGAGCUUGCAGGUGGAUCAUGCUCCCCGCAGCAAGCACAGCAGGUGGUGUCUUCUUUUAUAAAAAAUAAAAUAAUAAUACAAAUUGAUUAAUAUGGUUUUGCAAAAUGUAGAAGUUCUUCAACAACAAUAGUAAUUGAUACAACUGAGAGAGAGAGAAAAACAGAUGAUGAAGUACCUGAGAGUGGUGCCAUUGGUGGCGUGACAGAUGUGACCGGUGGAGCUUUUCUCUUCCUUUUCUGUGCUGCAGUUUGAGAAAAAGUAGUGUUAGUCAGAGCAUGUGUCUUGAAACCCCUUUUCAACUUUUUUUACAUCAAUACCUCUGGAGGAAGCUGCAGAGGUUUUGGAGGAGGUGGAGAUGACUUGAGGACUGGUGCUAUGUACUGUAGAUAUGUAAAGAUAUAUAUAUAUAUAUAUUUUUUUUUUACAUUGCUGUUUUAUAAAACAGAUAACAAACAGUCAUUUUUUCGUAAUUUAACAUGUGUUUACCUGUGAUGGUGGCGGUAUUCAAAUUGCAGGGGGCAGGGACACCAGACGAGGCUGCUAUGGUGGUGUGACCAGGGGAGACGGAGGAGGCAGUUGGUCCAGAGGAGGCCGUGUUGGUGGUGACAGACAGGGGGGGUGGUGUGCAUCGUGGUGGACAAAACCGCUGACGAUGGCUUGGAGGAGCUGGUGUUUGUAAUGGUGGGGUUGAGGGGCCGAUGAUGGUGUAGUCGGGAGAGUAGGCACAUGGCCUUCUUCUGCAGCUGUGGACUCCGGCGGCUCCUACAGGUGUUGCACACUGGGAGGCACUGGCAGUGGUGAUGUGGCUGUCAGGAGUGGUUCCAGCAGGGGGUCCUGCAGAGGCGAUGGCGUCAAUGGUCUCAUCCAUGGCAGCCCUCUCCUGUGCCCUCUGUGUUCUGAGGGCUGCCCGACGCUCUUUCUCCUCUGCCUCUGUCCUCUCCUUCUCACCCCUCUCCUGCCACUGGCUACGUGUAUUCCUCCCCGGUGAGGCAUGUGGCGACCACAUGGAGUCUUCUGUAUCGGUCCAGCCGAUACUUCAGGACAGUAAGGAUGUGCCCCAGGUCCUUCGCUAUCAGCCCCCCCUCUAUUAGGGGGUGCUCUUCUAGAGCUAGGCCUGGGAUUGGAGCAGGGGCUGGGACUGGAGCAGGGGCUGAGGGUCCUCCUGUGGUCACUGGGGAGGAAGUGCUGAUGGACGGCACAGUGCUGCUGGUUCCAGGAGAGGCGGUGGUGGGACCCGGUAGGGACCGAGACGGCAUUAAACGGGACCCUUCAAUGGCUGAAGGGUCAAAAGGGAAGAGGCCACACUUCUUAAACCCUUCCACCACAUUGCGCAUGUCCUUGCAUCGCUGGUACGGGUAGUGGAAUACUCUGGUAAAUUCUGAUUUGUUUACCAUGUAGGAGUGGUCAAAAUGGCUAAGGUCUCCAGCUACCUUGGAGAACUCAGCCUUUAAAGGGCCAAAGUAUGGCACAUCCAGUGGCUGCAGGACAUGGGUGCAGUGUGGUGGAAGACAAAGAAGUAGAACCCCUUCCCUUAGUGCCGCCGCGAGCACCUCCGGGUCCAUGUGGCUCUUGUGCCCAUCGAAGAGGAGAAGGAGAGGGCGCUCUUUGACUGCAUGCUUAAUGAAGUGCUGAAACCACUUCCUGAACAGGUCCCCGUCAAUGUAGCCACUGCUAGCCAAGGCUUGGAGGGGGCCUCCCAGUGUGUAGUGGCCACCGGGGAAACACUUGGGGUAGAUGAUAAACGGGGGGACGUCCUCCCCAGCUGCGUUGAAGCAGGCCAGCACUGUGAUGUGCUCCUUGGUCCCCGGAGCCUGCUGGUACACGUGUUUUGCACUCCGGGGAGCCAGCACUUUGUGCCUGCUCUGGUCGCUACGAAACCCAGACUCAUUGCAGUUAUAGAUUUGUCUGGGUUUCCCCCUUAACCCACUCUCCUCCAAGUGCUUCUCAUAAGAAGUGAAGAAGGUGUCCAUCGUCGGACGUGUGGCACACUCAGCUCUCCCCCUGUCCAGGGUGUCCGGCCUCCUCAUGCUCAGGUUCUUGUGCCUCCUCCUGAACAUUUCCCACCACCUAUUCCCCAGUGGUGGGAUUGUUUCCCCUGGGUGCCGAAACCUACAAUAGAAUAGAAUAUAUAAUUGUCCAUCCAGGAUGAAAAUUUUUGUUUUGAUUCCCACGGGGGGCCAGUAUGAAAAAUGUAUGCACUCACUAACUGUAAGUCGCUCUGGAUAAGAGCGUCUGCUAAAUGACUAAAAUGAGACAAACAGGUAGGCAGCUUUUCUCAGCCAGUCGAAAUCAUGAAUCAGCAUAAUUUUUAUGGAUAUAUUGGAAGAACUAUCAAUAGAAAACAGGUCAAAUGAAACGGUGCAGCUAGUUUGAAGUCUUUCCAGCUUCAGUUUGAAGUGAUUGUGUUAGCUGUGUUGUUGCCAGGUGAAGUCGCACAUCAUUAGCUCAUUGUUAUGGAUGAAUCCAAAUAUAUGUAUUAUAUGAUUUUUAUGCAUUUAUUUAUUAAUGUUUAUUGUAAUCAGUCCUAUUGGUGUUAUUUUCACUCCAUAUUUGUAUAUACGCUGAGUGUACAAAACAUGAAGAACACCUGCUCUUUCCAUGACAUAGACUGACCAGGUGAAAGCUAUGAUCCCUUAUUGAUGUCACUUGUUAAAUCCCCUUCAAUCAGUAUAGAAGAAGGGGAUGAGACAGGUUAAAGAAAGAUUUAUACAAUUGAGACUUGGAUUGUGUAUGGGGGGGGUGCAACUCAAUAGUAUGAAGAUGUUCUUAAUGUUUUGUACACAGUGUAAUUUGUUCGUUCUGAGAGUACUUUAUUGACUCUUGUAGGGAGUAUUUCAUGAUCUUACAUUUCCUCCAUACCAGAAAAUUGUUUUAAGUUUUCAUUACCCUUUCACCUCUGUCGUCAUGGCCUACAGAUAAUGGGCGGCCAGGUAUCUGUAGACAAUGUUCAUGUCGUGGUGGUUGGCGGGGGUUUCGGUGGCACCGCCGCCGCACAACAGCUCAAAUCCAGGGGGAUACCAUUUACCCUCAUUGACCUCCGUGAUGCUUUUCAUCACAAUGUGGCUGCCCUCCGUGCCUCUGUUCAGAGUGGUGAGAACCCUUUACCCAUUGGAAAUGGAUUACAUCACUGAAAAAACACUGAUAUAACAAUUCUGACUUAAAGAACCUUUGACAUAUUGAGUUACUUUCUCACAGGCUUUGCCCAGCAGACCUUCAUCCCAUAUUUUGAGACAUUUGGAGAGAGUUUCCUUCAGGGGCGAGUCAUGCGGGUGGAACCAGUGUCACAGACUGUUGUGUUGGAUGGAGGAAAGGUACAGUAGGCUAUAUGAGCAUGCUGGGGUAUAUUAUGUAAUGUUGCUUUCUCUAGUCAGUUCAGAUCUAGCUGCUGAAGAUCAACUCAGCUUUGUAUUCUUGGUGUACUCUCCUUACAUAGGCCUAUCCAGUGGUGUGCUGUCCAAAGCAGACGGCUUCUGACAGGCUGGAGAGGUGACAGUUAGUUCCUCUAAUUUGAUUGUGUCAUUGAUGUCUUACACCACAGGAAGUUCAUUACUCACAUCUUAUACUGUGCACUGGCACAGACGGCCCUUUCCCGGGGAAGUACAACACUGUGGCCUCCUAUCAGACAGCCAUCCAGAAGUAUGAGGACAUUGUGAAGGAGGUACAUUUUCAUGGGAGUGCAUUCCCAGGGCUGGUUCGUUGGAACAGACUUUAUGUUCAUGUUUGAUCUACACUGAAAAAAAAUAUAAACGCAACAUGCAACAAUUUCAAAGAUUUUACUGAGUUACAGUUCAUAUAAGGAAAUCAGUCAAUUGAAAUAAAUUCAUUAGGCCCUAAUCAUAGGAUUUCACAUGACUAGGAAUAGAGAUAUGUGGUCCUCUGUAGCUCAAUUGGUAGAGCAUGGCGCUUGUAACGCCAAGGUAGUGGGUUCGAUCCCCGGGACCACCCAUACGUAAAAAUGUAUGCACACAUGACUGUAAGUCGCUUUGGAUAAAAGCGUCUGCUAAAUGGCAUAUUAUUAUAUGCAUCUGUUGGUCACAGAUACCUUUAAAAAAAAGGUAGGGGUGUGGAUCAGAAAACCAGUCAGUAUCUGGUGUGACCACCAUUUGCCUCAUGCAGUGCAACACAUCUACUUCCCAUAGAGUUGGUCAGGGUGUUGAUUGUGGCCUGUGGAAUGUCGUCCCACUCCUCUUCAAUGGCUCUGCGAAGAGAACUGGAACAUGCUGUCGUACACGUCGAUCCAGAGCAUCCCAAACAUGCUCAAUGGGUGACAUGUCUGGUGAGUAUGCAGGCCAUGGAAGAACUGGGACAUUUUCAGCUUCCAGGAAUUGUGUACAGAUCCUUACAUUAUCAUGCUGAAACAUGAGGUGAUGGCGGUGGAUGAAUGGCACGACAAUGGGCCUCAGGAUCUCAUCACGGUAUUUCUGUGCAUUCAAAUUGCCAUCGAUUAAAAUGCAAUUGUGUUCGUUGUCUGUCGCUUAUGCCUGCCCAUACCAUAACCCCACCGCCACCAUGGGGCACUUCACAACGUUGACAUCAGCAAACCGCUCACUCACACAACGCCAUACACGCUGUCUGCCAUCUGCCCGGUACAGUUGAAACUGGGAUUCAUCCUUGAAGAGCACACUUCUCCUGCAUGCCAGUGAACAUCGAAGGUGAGCAAUUGCCGACUGAAGUCGGUUACGACUCCGAACUGCAGUCAGGUCAAAACCCUGGUGAGGCCAACAAGCACGCAGAUGAGCUUCCCUGAGACUUCACAAGCCCUGAAUUCAUUAGAUUAUUGCUGACUGUUUGAAAUGCAGUGUAUUUGACCUUUUAAUUGUACAACAAUGCUUAUAUAAAAUAUAAAGGUUUUCGAUGUAUAUCAUGAAUCGCCCAUAAAUUAGAAAAAAAAUCUAGAUAUGAUUUUUAGGCAAUAUCGCCCAGCCCUCGUUGGAGGCGGCUUAUGGUAGAGAAUUGAACAUUCAAUUCUUUGGCAACAGCUUUGGUUGACAUUACUGCAGUCAGCAUGCCAACUGCAUGCUCCAUCAAACCGUGAGACAUCUGUGGCAUUGUGCUGUGUGACAAAACUGCACAUUUCUUAAGUGGCUUUUUAUUGUCCACAGCACAAGGUGCACCUGUUUAAUGAUCAUGCUGUUUAAUCAGCUUAUUGAUAUGCCACACCUGUCAGGUGGAUGGAUUAUCUUGGCAAAGGAGAAAUGCUCACUAACGAGGAUGUAAACAAAUUUGUGCACAACAUUUGAGAGAAAUAAGCGUUUUGUGUUUAUGGAACAUUUCUGGAAUCUUUUAUUUCAGCUCAUGAAACAUGGGACCAACACUUUACAUGUUGCGUUUAUAUUUUAGUUCAGUGUAUUUGUAAUACAUUUGACAAUUUUUGUACCCAUGUUCAUGUGUCUUUAUGAAAAUAUUAGUAAAUGACAGGUGUUUAUGAUUUCUCCCUGCUGUUGGUCAGGUCCAGGCUGCAGAUUCGGUUCUUGUGGUAGGCGGUGGAUCCACUGGUGUAGAGAUGGCUGCAGAGAUCAAAACAGAAUAUCCAGACAAGAAGGUAAUAAAAUCCCACAUCCCUUUGUUAUUCACGCCUCUUGGAGACUUGCGGUUGGAGCACAUCUAUUGGAACUUGCCCUCCAUUCUCCAACACCCCCAUGUUUCCAGGUGAUCCUGAUCCAUUCCCAUGUUGGCCUAGCAGACCCAGAGCUGCUGCCCAGUGUCAGACAACAGGCCAAGGAGGUGCUGCUGGAGAAAGGGGUGGAGCUGCUACUGGGUAAGAGGUGAUGUCUGGCUGAGGAAAUGUUAGUCAGGGUGACAAAGCAUCACCAGUCAGAGUGAAAAUGCAGAUUGAUUAUGUCAUGCAUGCUCAGCAGACAGAGAAUGUCCAAUAGAGCUCAUGUGUGUGCAGAGGGUGAUUGCCUCCCUUCCUCAUGAUUGGAUAUGGAAUCUGUUGUGACUGGCACAAACGGUAAAUACAUAGUCUUUGAUAAUCUGUUUCAUGCUAAACACAUUUAUUAUAAUCUCAGUGCAAUUCACCUGCUGUUAUGUAAUUUAACUUAUAUCUUUCACACUGUGGCCUCACCUUUCCAUCUGACUCUAGGGCAGAAAGUUUCUAACCUGUCUGAACUGGAGCUCAAUGUGACCCACAAGAACAUGGUUAUCAUGACAGACAAGGAUACAGAGAUCACUGCAGACCUCGUCAUCUGCUGCACAGGGAUGAAGAUCAACUCUAAUGCCUAUAGCGCCACCCUGAGUGAGUUGUCUUUCUUGUCCAAUAGGUGGAAGCAUUGUGCCAUCUGAGUCCAAGGCAGCCAGAAAUUCAAGAAGUACUGCUCAAAGCGCUGUUGAUAAAACUACUGCUGGAUAUAUAAAAAAAUUAAAUGAAUCACAGUAAUGCCUGUGAAAGCUAGCUGGUUAGAGAAACCUCAUACACUACCAGUCAAAAGUUUGGACACACCUAAUCAUUCAAGGGUUUUUCUUUAUUUUUACUAUUUUUUACAUUGUAUAAUAAUAGUGAAGACAUCAAAACUAUGAAAUGACACAUAUGGAAUCAUGUAGUAACCAAAAAAAGUGUUAAACAAAUCAAAAAUAUUUUAUAUUUGAGAUUCUUCAAAUAGCUACCCUUUGCCUUGAUGACAGCUUUGCACACUCUUGGCAUUCUCUCAACCAGCUUCAUGAGGUAGUCACCUGGAAUGCAUUUCAAAUAUCAGGUGUGCCUCCUUAAAAGGGGGUGCAACUUAAUAUUAGGAAGGUGUUCUUAAUGUUUUGUACACUUAGUGUAUAGACUACUGUACAUUGCGUAGUAUGCCUUACCUGUAUUGUACUAUCUACAUGUAUUUACUGAAGUUUCGCUGUUUAUAUUUCAGAUGGAUGUCUAGCAGAGAAUGGGUCCCUGAAAGUGAAUGAGCACCUGCAGGUGGAGGGCUAUGACAAUGUGUAUGCUGUUGGGGAUUGUGCUAAUGUCAACGAGCCUAAGAUGGCGUAUCAUGCAGGUCUCCACGCUGGGGUUGCUGUUACCAACAUCACCAACAGUCUGAUGGGGAAACCCCUGGAAUCUUAUCACCCAGGUAAUUUAUACUCUGUCUCCUCUUCCCAGUCUCCAAUCUCCUGUAAACCCUACUUCCAUCAAUGUUAUUGUUUUGACCUUGAUCUCUGACUAUACUAAUAUCUCACCAAUCAAUCUGCAGUUAAAACAGUUUUUCCUUAGUAUUGUUUUUGACCAUGCUGUCAGUGUCUGUUCUCGGAUUUGCCUCUGGUUCCUGUCUGAUCCAACCAGAUGAUUGGGGGGUACAUCACUGUACAGAACAUUAUAUCAUGGUAAAUGUCCACAUGUUUUCCUGACAGGGAGUGUGACCAUGUUGUUAGCCAUGGGCCAUAAUGAUGGAGUGGGCCAGUUCAAUGGGCUGAGGCUUCCCCGUUGCCUUGUAACCCAGGGCAAGAGCAAGAACCUACUGCUGUGGAAAAGCUGGAAGGAGAUGGGUCAGAAAGCUCCUUAACGUGCCAUACAGAACAUUCUGGAGCAAAGACAUGAGUCUGCCGGCACAGCCUUGACAGAGUGUCUUACUCAGGUGACAGCUUGCAGAACAUGACAACUUGAUAUUAGACCAUAUAUUCGUAAAAUAUUUAUACGCAAGGUGAUGCAAACUUUGUACAAUGUCAAUUUUUGCCAAUGAAUGUUAAUGUAUGUCUUGAUUUAAAAGACAUCUUAAUUGUAUGGUU